AUGGCUCAAGACCCAGCGACCACCAGCGUCCCGUCAAAUUCAACGGGAGAUCUCCUCGCCGCCGUGUCCGCCGCCCUCACUGCCGUCGGCGACAAGGAGGUCUUUGCCAUCGGCGGCAAGAUUCCCGUCACAGGCGACACGAACCCCAUCGUCGUUCGUUGGGACUCGCCCGCGAUGCCCAGCCUUGGCCGCAAAGUCACUUUCCCCGUCCCGACCGACGAGCAAACCGCAUUCGACCAGCUGUGCAAGGACUGCGAGCCCGCAGCGUUUGGCAUCGGCGAGAAGGAGGUCUUUGACGAGGAGUACCGCAAGGCGGGAAAGAUGGAUGAGAGCAGAUUCUGCUCCAGCUUUGACCCCAGCGCUGACGGCGUCGUGGACACUAUCGCGCAGGCGUUGCUUCACGGAGCGCGGCAAAACCAGAUUGCUCGUGGGGUCAAGGCGCAGUUGUACAAGCUGAAUGUCUAUUCUGCCCCUUCUGGCAGGUUCAAAGCCCAUGUUGACACUCCACGGGCAGGGAACCACAUGGGUUCGCUUGUUGUGUGCCUGCCCUACUCUCACCGAGGCGGCGAGCUCGUGGUGCGCCACGGUAGACGAGAGACAACCUUCGACUGGUCGGGCGAGGACGCGAACGCCGUUCGCUGGGCGGCCUUCUUCUCCGAUUGCGAGCACGAGGUCCUCGAGGUGACACAAGGCCAUCGCGUCACCUUAACGUACAACCUGUACUGGACGGCGUAUGGCCCCGCGCUCAUGGGCCACCACUUCUCCGCGCUAGAGCUCGAGACGCUACAUUUCUUUCGCGCUUUGCAGGAACUCCUCGACGCGCCAGACAUCAAGUCCAGAGGCGCGACACUGGGCUUCACAUGCACACACGCGUACCCACACACUUCCAACUCGUCGGUCAAGGACCUCGCACACUGCCUCAAGGGCCUCGACAUGGUCGUGUACCAGUCCCUCCUUGCACUCGCCGAGUCCGCGCGUGUCACCGCCGUGCUGCACGAUGCGAGAGACGAAGAGGACUUGCCUUUUGAGUACGAAAUCACCUACCCCAGCUCGGACGAAGGCGAAGAUCACACCAUGGAACUUGCAGCCGAGGAAGAGGCUGCCCAGCCCGAGUACACGAGUCAAGCGAUCCUCAACAACAGGACAUUCCCGGAGCCUGCCGGUCCGUUCCGUGACCAUGACUUUUACAACCACCACAUCCUCGAUCCGCGGAGGAUCGUCAAUUUUGAAGUGCGGCCAGAGGAUGGGAGGAUGAUUACAAAGAAUGCGUACGUUCGUCGGCCGGUGACUUGGCUCAACCACGCGCCAGACGAGCAGACGCCAAAAGAACUGGCCAUCGCUUUCAUCGCGUACGGAAAUGACCCUGGCCUGGGUGCGUGGUACUCGGCUGCGGCUAUAACUGCCGAGAUCAUGCCCCGCGAGCUGGCACAACCAAGCGCCUCAUCCUAG